ACAACAAGAUGGCGGUGGUUUGAUUGUGUUGUUGCAUAAUUACUAGCGAGGCGAUUAAAUUAGUCAAGUAAUUCUGAAUUGUGUCAGGUUUAGUGUUUUAUCAGAUACUUUAUUUGGUAGACAUUUUAGUCCUGAGAGUUUGUUUAGCUAUGCACAGACCGAAUUUCCGACCCCCUGGUCCUCCGGGCGGAAUGGGCCUAAGGCCGGGGGGUUUCCGUAGUCCGAAUGCUGGAUUUGAUAACGUGGGAACGGGCAUGUUUCCUCCGCCUCCGUGGGCAUAUGCUAACGCUCCCCCGUCUUUCGGGCCGAGACGCGGACAGUAUUGUGGUUCUCCCAAUACUCCGCCGAGAGAUUUUUAUGGUAAUGCAAACAACGGGCACAGCAGUGGUGGCGGAAGCGGAGGGAAAGGCAGGUUUUACCACAGUCCAUCUCCGGGGCAUACGCCACGGAGACCGAAUUCGAGUCCUAGACAUACUCCGCCCUACAAAAAAUCCCCAUAUCAUUCACAGAGUCCUGGACAACAGAUGGGCUAUCAGGGUUCGCCACGGACAUCCACCCCGUUUGGGUCGACGCAUGGCAGGGAGAGGGUGGCAAAUGAUGUGGAAAAGUAUUACAGCCCGUCAAUGCUGCAGGACCCCUGGGCUAGUCUACAGCCAGUCACUGUCACAGACACUAACCCGAAGUGCAGCACAGAGCGAGUGACACACACGGGUAGGAAAGGGAGAUAUUUCAACUAGUUAUAUACACACACGCGUGUAUAUAUAAAAACGCACGCCUCCGGUUGUGGCGACGCACAGAGCCACGUGACCUACCCUCUCAGGAGUCAGACAUCGCAAACUUCUCGCAUACUGGGCAUUUGAGUAUUUGCCAAAGGGAGCACGGUGUUGGGAAUACGUUGGUUGCUUCCGUGUCGAUGCAACAGACUAUAAGCAGUCUAGAAUCACCAGCAAUCUGUCUGACUGCUACCUGCUAGUCAAGCAGCUCCUAUUCAGUGUACCCUGUUUUCACACAGACAGGUGAAUCUGCAUUUUUCCAUUUUUGUGCUUUUUAAUUUACCUCCAAUGCAGGACAAGUCAUUGGGGGGGGAAAGUGUCUGGAACAACGAAGAAUUGAUUUUUUUCCCCUAUACACAAGAAACUGGUUGAACCCCAGUUGCAUAAUAUUUUAUAGUACAGUUUUUUCAACUGUAAUAAUGCCAGCAAAUCAACAUAUGGGCAUAUAAUUACACUCUUGUUCAUGCUGUAAUUAUAUUCCUCCUCAACCUCAGAUCUGAGGCCUUUGAACAGGUCAUUUUAUUUUCUUAUAUAUUUUUGAUGAAUCCUUUUCCAAACCAAUAGUACCUGAUUGUACAGCCAAGAUUCCUUUCUGUGAACUGUAAACAGCGUAUGUGACCAUACAUAACUCUGUGACUUUGUCAAGGGAGCCUUGUAUACAACUGCAAUAUGCAUCCAUGGACUACAUUUGAUGGGCGCCAGCAAGCCUAGGUUUACCAGUGGUUUUAUGUUUUAGAAGAACUGCAGUACAGUAUAACCCAUUGAACUAUCUGUUUAAAUUACGGCCACCUCAGGUUUUUUCUAUAUGUACAUAUUUUAUCAAAAAAAAAUUGCAAAACUUAGAUACCAUUACCUAGCUGAUUAUUUUUUAUUUCCAACAGAAUAACUUACUUCCAGAAAACCACAUUGUUGUUAAAGUGAAUAAUACAUAAUUUUGUAUUAACCUGUAUUUUGUGUUUUAUAUCUGUGGUAGCAAGUCCUGUUGUUGUGGACAUUUAGGGGCUUUUAAUGAGUGAAUGGAUGACUAUUUAGGUCAACUUUGAGGGCUGAACUCACGUUGAAGACUUAAAGCUUGUCAUUAUUCAAGGUUUUUAUGAAUGAUUUGUUUUCUUUAUGCGUGGUGUACUUGUACAUUGCCCUUAAUUGUUGUGUGCUCCCUGAAAGUGUGGUACCCCACUAAAACAUGUUCUUUUUUUAUUUUUAUUUGAGAGGCUUGCAUGCUUAAGGCAAAAUGUGUCUCCUGUUCUGCAGUCCCUUGGCAGCACACUAAGCCCUGCUUGUUUUUAUUUGCCUCAAGCUUUGAUCUGUAGCGCAACAAGUCAUACAAAACUAGUGUGCUAAUGCUUGGAAACAACAAAUUGCAUCUGACCAAUCUCUUCCCUCUUAGUGGAGCAUGCAGUAUAUAUAUAUUAUUUUGUGUGUGUGUGUGUGUGUUAUGCCCUAAAUGCAUGUUGAGUGGAAUCAUUUUAUUAGUUUGGUCAGUGAAGAAACCAGUCUCAUUUGUUAAUUCUUGACUGAGCUUCUGACUGGCUGGCUUUGUUUCCAUGAAGAUUGUGCUGAAGUUGACUGAAUAGUUGACGAGGGUGAAGGAAGGGCUAAAUUAACUAUUGGAACGAAGUGUACAAGGACAAAAGUAUUAAAGUGAUUGAACAACACAAAAUGGUAAAUUAUUGUAAAUAGGGAUCAAAUCAUUUGAAAG